AUGCGCCUCGGCGGCUACCUCGACCGCCGCACCACGCUCGCCAACCCCGCCAACCAGCCCACGCCCCGUGUCUGGAUCCGCGAGCUCGGGUUCGUGUGGCAAGCACCGGUCGCAGGCGAGGAGAGCACAGGGAAGGGGCGCAAGGACAGGCCACUAGGCGACGAGCUAUCGCUCUUCGACGGCCAGGCCACGGUCACCAUGGACGCGCACGAGAAGUCGGGCCCGGGCAGUGCUGAUGUGGACAAGUACACGAUACGCAUCGAGGGCCUUCUGGAAGCGGAGAUCCGCGUGCGCGCCGCGCACCCGCUGCUGCAGCGCGACGGCGACGCGAUGGUUCAUCUUAACCUCGAGCUGGAGCAGGUGCACUAUUCCAUGGACGUGCAUGGCGUCCUAGGACAAAUGUAUCGCGAUGAGGCUAUGGAGGAGGGGACUAACCUAGACUACUCGGUGAUAUCCGCUCUUUUGACGGACACCGUUCGCGCUGAAAAGGCCGCAGACGAGAACUCGACCUCGGAUCAGAAGCAGCAGCAGCAAGGAUCCGAGGAAUCCAGGCAGACAGAGGGAUCGAAUUCGGUUUGGAACAGUAAGAUUCAAGGUUUCCCUAAGGACUACCAGGUGUCCGACAUUCUCCGCGCGGACUGCAAAUUCGCCGUUUUCGGCAGGGAGCAACCCGCUCCCGAAGAGCCCGAUGAACAGUUUCUGGAUCUGGGCAAGUCUGACGUGGAGGAUGAGGGAGAAGGUUCCAACAACGGUGGAGACCGUGCUGCGGUUUUGGACAAAAUUAGGGGAGCCCUGCGCACAUCUGCUUGA